AUGUGGGUGGAGCCAGUAAAGAGUUGCGCCACGAGGUCAAGGGCAGAAAUUGUGAGGAAGAGGAAUAAAAAGGAAGAAGGUGAAGUUGGUGAAGUUACGGAUAACGAGCACUGCUCCGAGGACGAAAAAGAAGGUGAAGUUACGGUUCACGAGUACCCAUUGGUUCGUUGGAACAUUGAAUCAGUAAAGAGCGAAGAGAUGGCAGAGAAAAAGGAAGAGACUAGUCAGAUUGACGACCAAGUGUGCCGAGUAUGUUUCUCAUCAGCCGAGCAUGAACCACUUUACGCACCGUGCCACUGCAAAGGCUCCAUCGGACUCAUCCACAAGAGCUGCCUGGAGAGGUGGUUGAAGGUUCGAAGCACGAGGACAUGCAAUGUGUGCGGUUUCGAGUUUAAAGUUGUCAAGAAGAACAUGCCUCUACGGAUGUUCUUCGCCGAGACUGAACACCGCGAACACCUGAUCCUGAUGGCUAUUCACCUGAUCUGCCUCGUGGGAGACGUCAUGGUGCUGACGUUCGGCUGGUUGUUUGGAACGGAGUUCAUACAUGGUCGUAGCUGGUUCAUCCAUGUGCUCGUCUUGUCCGCCUUACUUCUGCAGAGCUCCUUCUGGGCCAUCGUUGCCUUUGCGCGGUUUGGGGUAUGCGUGGAACCCAUUGUACGAUGGCGCAGGCGCACAGGCGCGAUUCAGGUCGUUAUAAACGCUGACGAUGGACCGCCGCCUGUUGUCUCACAAGCCCCUGCCUCACCUUCGCAACAAGACAACGUUACAAGAAUAGGGCCAAGGGCAUCGUCAGAAGGCGUAUCUAGGCAAGAGACGAAAGAGGAGGAUAAGGAGGCAAGACAGGUUCCCUCUGGCGGAGCUACCUCUGCUGUCGUCCACAAGAUCCGGAGGAGUGCCAGCAGUUCCUUUUGACAGUUCACUAGUAACUGACUAGGUACUAUAUCGUUCGGUGCUAUUAAAGCACACGCUAAUAAACUGAAUUAAUAAUCGCUCAGCA